CAGAGCAAUCAAUCGCUGGUCUCAAACUGAAAGACGUCAUGACUGCCAGUAUGUCCAAGUUCUAUCGUUACAAAGGCAGUUUAACCACGCCCACCUGUGACGAAAGUGUCACGUGGACAGUAUUUGCAGACGCUUUAUCCAUGUCAGAAACACAGCUGGCUACCUUCCGUACCCUGUAUGAAGAUUCUGGUUCCACUAAACCAAUGGUCGACAACUUCCGCCCACCGCUUGCCAUCAACGGAAGAACUGUCAGUCUAUACGCGAAUUCCGCCGGACAGUUCGCUAUUGCUCAUGUCCUCCUUUCAGUUUUACUAUUCUUAUUGUACAUCUCACAAUAACCUCUGAAUAUGUGCAAUCUAAAAUAUCAACAAAGGAUCACCUCGCUUUAAAUUGACCACAGAUCUAUAGGGCCGGGGUUGAUUUUAGUCUUUACGAAAAUCUUAUCAACUUUGGGCUAAAGACAUGUAGUAAUUCAC